AUGUCUCCAUUAUGUGCAAUUGAUUUUGAAGAAGUUGAUCAUGUACAUCAAAAUUUUAGUUAUGGUCCAAUGGAUAAACCAUUGAUACAAUAUCCAAAUGGAAAUUCACUAAAAUAUCCCUAUCAAAUACAAUUUCAACAACAAUUAUAUGCAUCACAUAGUUUAUUUCAUCGACCUCAAUCACAACGGACGAAUCAUCAAAGAUCUGUCGAUGAUGAUCAUCGAAAUGCUCAAGACUAG